CACCCAUUGCAGUUAGUUAUAUUUCUAUAUAUUGAAAAACUAUCCGCCAUAAAACCAUAAAGCAACAGCCAAACAGGCACCUCCUUCGCUCGCUUCACACACACACUGAAAGAGAUAGGGAGAGAGAGAGAGACCUGAGAGGGCAAACCACUGCGCUAAGCAAAAGCAAAGGCCUCGUCUAUCUCUUAACGCAUUUUCGAAGAAUUUAAGCCCAUCCCAAACACGCCGUUACUUAACCACUCUCUCCCUUUUUUUCUCCCUGCACCUCCAACGCUAUAAAUAUCUGGAGGCUUGGAGAGAAAGGAAGCUAUACGAAUGUCGUCUCGUGUAGCAGACAAUCAAAUAUCGCCGUUCUUCACUACAAUGGAGCUCGAUGAUUUAUCACGCGCCUCCCACGGCGCGUCUCCCUCACUCGGCCAGCUCCUCAAGCACGUAGGCGACGUCCGCAAGGAAGCUACUGGUGAUGGCGGCGAGACUCCGGCGCACCACGCCCUCGACCUCUCCGACGCCAGCAUCGAGCCUCGCUCCUUGCCGUUCGUGCUCUCGUUCACUAAUUUGACUUACAGCGUCAAGGUUCGCCGGAAGUUCAGCUUAUCCGGGAUGUUCUCCGGCGGGAGAAGCCAUCUCGGAGCAGCCACGGAGUCAGAGCCGGUCGGCGGAGAGAGCCUGUUCACGAGAACGAAGACGCUGCUCAACGACAUCUCAGGAGAAGCUCGGGAAGGCGAGAUACUCGCGGUUCUCGGCGCGAGCGGGUCGGGCAAGUCGACGCUUAUCGACGCUCUGGCGAAUCGGAUCGCGAAGGGAAGCUUGAAAGGAACCGUGAGCUUAAACGGAGAGGUCUUGGAAUCGCGGCUUCUGAAGGUCAUUUCUGCUUAUGUCAUGCAAGACGAUCUCCUCUUCCCGAUGCUCACAGUCGAAGAGACGCUCAUGUUCGCCGCCGAGUUCCGCCUCCCCCGCGCGCUUUCCAAAUCCAAGAAGAAAGCCCGCGUCCAGGCUCUCAUCGACCAGCUCGGCCUCCGGAACGCCGCGAAGACGAUCAUCGGCGACGAAGGCCACCGUGGUGUCUCCGGCGGAGAACGACGCCGUGUCUCGAUCGGAAUCGACAUCAUCCACGAUCCGAUCGUUCUCUUCCUCGACGAGCCGACUUCCGGCCUCGACCCCACCAGCGCCUUCAUGGUGGUGAAGGUCCUCCAGAGAAUUGCUCAGAGCGGAAGCAUUGUCGUGAUGUCCGUACACCAGCCGAGUUAUCGGAUCCUGGGGCUCCUGGACCGGUUGCUCUUCCUGUCUCGGGGCCAAACCGUUUACAGUGGGUCCCCUACGACCUUGCCUUCGUACUUCGCCGAGUUCGGGCACCCGAUACCCGAAUCCGAGAACCGGACCGAGUUCGCGCUCGAUUUGAUCCGGGAACUCGAAGGCUCAGCCGGCGGCACUAAAAGUCUAGUGGAGUUCAACAGAACCUGGCAGAGCAUGAAACACUCCAACAACGACACGUCGUGCCAAAUCGCCUGCGAGCCACGACACUCCGUCUCGCUCCAGGAAGCGAUCAGCGCGAGCAUUUCCAGAGGGAAGCUGGUAUCCGGAGCCACCAACAACAACCCUAGCCCGAACUCGAUGGUCCCCACAUUCGCGAACCCGUUCUGGAUCGAAAUGGCGGUGCUCUCUAAGCGUUCGAUGAAAAACGCCAGAAGAAUGCCGGAGCUUUUCGGCAUCAGGCUCGGCGCCGUGAUGGUCACCGGCUUCAUCUUAGCAACCAUGUUCUGGAACCUCGACAAUUCCCCCAAAGGCGUCCAGGAGCGGCUCGGCUUCAUCGCCUUCGCCAUGUCCACCACCUUCUACACCUGCGCCGACGCCCUGCCCGUUUUCCUCCAAGAACGCUACAUCUUCAUGCGCGAAACUGCCUACAACGCGUACCGGCGAUCCUCCUACGUCCUCUCCCACUCCCUAGUGGCGCUGCCGUCGUUGGUGUUUCUGUCAAUUGCAUUCUCAGCGCUGACGUUUUGGGCUGUGGGGCUGGACGGCGGGCUCUCCGGCUUCUUGUUCUACUUCCUGAUAAUCUUCGCGUCGUUUUGGGCCGGGAGCUCUUUCGUCACUUUCCUCUCCGGCGUGGUCCCGCACGUGAUGCUCGGCUACACGAUCGUCGUGGCGAUCUUGGCCUACUUUCUGCUCUUCAGCGGCUUCUUCAUCACGCGGGACCGAAUUCCGGGCUACUGGAUUUGGUUCCACUACAUGUCGCUGGUGAAGUACCCGUACGAGGGCGUGUUGCAGAACGAGUUUCAGGACCCCACCAAGUGCUUCGUGAGGGGAGUCCAGAUUUUCGACAACACACCGCUCGCGUCCGUCCCGGCGGCAAUGAAGUUGAAGCUGCUGGAUAGCAUGAGCCAGACUUUGGGGACGAGGAUCACGAGCUCGACGUGCCUGACGACGGGGUCGGAUAUUUUGGAGCAGCAGGGGGUGACGGAUUUGAGUAAGUGGAAUUGCCUUUACGUGACUGUGGCGUGGGGUUUCUUGUUCAGGAUUUUGUUUUACUUUUCCUUGUUGCUUGGUAGCAAGAACAAGAGGAGGUAAACCCAGAAAGAAAAAUAAACGUAAAAAAAAAAAGAAAAAAAAGAGAGUAAAGAGGUAGAUAUUCCAUGCAUUGCAGAAGCUCUGUCUAGCUAGCUGUUUGGCGCGGAGGAGCGAGGUCGGUCUCUCUGUGUGAAACUGUGAAAUUCUUGUGGCAAUUUUAAUCCUUUUUUUUACUUCCAAAUAUUAUUUCUUAAAUUCGAGUUACGUUGAUUUU